AGACUAUUGUCAAUGUCAUCACUAAUCUGAUAUCUGUCAAAUUAAUAAAUAGUUUUGAAUAUAAAGUUGUUUAUUUUUCAAAACGAUGUUUAAUUAAUGCGAAAAUAAAUAAAACGUAUUAAUUAUAAAAUGAAUGAUAUUUGUCGAACUUGCUUAAGCAGUUCCAAUCUUUCCCCAAUGGAAAAUUAUGAAAGUCUAACCGAAAAAAUUGAAGCGAUAUCUACUGUUAAAGUAGUAUUAGAUGCCCCAAAUUUCCCCACAGUAGUAUGUGAUGAAUGCGUAAAUAAGAUAAAUAUUUUCUAUUGUUUUAAAAAAGUUAUUAUAAAUAGUGAUAAGGUGCUUAAACAAAAAUGUGCUACCAUUCUAAAUCAAAGUGUUGAUAAAAAAAAUAGUUCAAAAAUAAGUAAAAGUUUUAAUUGUGAUAAGUCUGAUAAUAAGAAAACUACAAUAAAAAAAAUCAAAAAUAGUCCAAUAUGUACAUCCAAUUUAGAAGAUAUUAAAAUUGAAACUGAGCAAGAUAUAAGUAGCUUCAAUGGAAUAAUUAAUAAGGAAGAAGUGUUUAUCGAAGAAAAACCUGAUAAAGAAGACACUUGUGUAUCUUUAAAAGAUAAAAAGCUAAAAUGUAAAAGUUGUAUGCUAGAUUUUACUACAAAAUCAGAAUUACUGACUCAUAGGAAAACUUUUCAUAGAACAUUUAAAAAAGAAAAAUCUCUCUAUUGUAAUGACUGCAACAUAACAUUUACCUCCCAAGCGAAAUUGUUAAAUCAUAAAAGGAACACCCACACCGCACCUGGUAUAUGCAAUAUUUGUGGAAUGAUAGUAAGAGCAGAUAAUUUGAAAAAACAUGUGCAGAGGCACUCUGAAGAACCUGCAAACUGUAAUAUAUGUUUGAAAGUUUUGAAAAAUUCAGAGUCAUUAAGAGGCCAUUUAUUGAUACACAAAGAUACUUUAUAUGGAUGUCAAGAGUGUAAUAGAACAUUCAAAUUGAAAUCAGAAUAUAACAGACACUUAAAAAAACAUACUGAUCCAAAUAUUCGUAAAAAAAUGUGUAAGAUAUGUGGGAAGUAUGUACGAGACAUCCACAGACACCUUUUAACACAUUCUGGAGAACGACCUUUCCUCUGCCCUUACUGUAACAAAGGUUUGAAAAGUUCUUAUGCCCUUAAAUUACAUAUACGUCAACAUACCAACGAAAAACCGUUUACAUGCGAAUUUUGCAAUAAAGCAUUCGCUCAGAAGAUAUCGCUAUUGGCACAUUUGAAAUCGAAAGCACAUACAGAGGAAAAAAACUGAAUUUCGAUUAGAAUUUUGAAUUUAUGAGCUGCGGUUUUUCUAAUAAUCUUGUCGUUUUUAAAUUAAUUGCAAUAGUUUUGGUUCAACUGUCUAGUUGAUGAAAAGGUACCCGGGUAUCCAUUUCAGUUUUGCUGAACCAGUUUAUUAAUUUUUUAUCAAGAGAGUUUUAUGACCGCCCAGAUCCCCAAAAUUGAAGUAGUUUGCAAAUUUUCGUCAUAUCAAAGUUGAUACCUCCUUAGUUCAAUAACCAGGUACCCGGGUACCCACUGAAAUUAUAAUGUAUAAAGAUCAGUUUUAUGCACAUUGAAGAGAAUGUUCAUUAAAGUAUUGAGGUAAUUUGCUUUUUAAAUAAAUAAUUACACCCUCGAUAAUGAUGGUAUUAGUGAUCACAGGUAUUGUGAGGUUAUCUUACCUGUUAAAAAGAAUCCUCAGAAAUAUGUAACAUUUCGGGAUUUCAAAAAAUUUUGACGACAAAUUUCCCUAUGAAAAAGAAGUGAACUUCUGUACUUUCCAUCUUUACUUUGUUUCCACGACCUUCACUCGAUUUCCCUGUCUGUCCAGUAAGUGGAUACGAAUUUUCAGCAUCAUAUAUCCACCAUACUUUGAUUCCAUAUUUAGCUAGUUUAGAUGGAAUAUACCGAGUAAAUUUAAUUCCACCACGUUAUGGAUAAAGUUGCUCAUCUAUUGUCAAGUAUUCUGUUGGAUCCUUCAUCAUGACAAUGCGCUCAAUCAUCGUGACAGACCACCCGCCUCACCUGAUUUAGCUCCUUGUGACUUCUUUUUGUUCCCGAAAUGCAAAAUAGUGUUUCGGGGGUGGUAAUUGGAUGUUAUCAAGGCAACUGAGCAGCAUCACAACUGAAAAUUUUCAGUUCAAUAGUUUUAAAGAUGUAGAAAGUUCGGAAAAGCGCGAAAAAUAAUAUGGGGCUAUAAUAUGGAUAAUCGUAGGAAUGCUCAGUAAAAAGAAUAAAUAAAUUCAUAGCAGACUGAAUUAAAAGCAACAGGGAUAAAAAAAGUAAUAGAAUAUAAUUCAAAGUAAUCUUUUAUUAUUAAUACUUAUGGAGCAGAAUGAUAAUAUACAAAAAAAAUCAACAAAGCCUAGUAUCCGUUGAAAUAAAAUUUCCCUAAAAAAAUUCAGAUACUAAUUAAAAAUAUAAUCUACAUAUAUACAAAAUAAUUUAAAAUUCUUAUAUAGGUUUGUAUAAUAAUGUGGUGACGUAUUUUUUCCUGUACCUAUGCGUAGCGCUAAGUACCAUGACGCCAUCUUUUAUAGAAAGAGCAUACAGAUGAUUUAACAUAACGUGAUUCGGUUCUGGCAGUAAAGUUGGCUCGCACUAAAAAUUUCAACAAAUUAUUCCCACUUCAUUAAACUCAAUUUUAUACUUUCAUCACUGGUAACACCUUUUUUGAAGUAUGACAUAUUUAUUUAAUAACAAUCAAAAAUAUUUUGUUGACUUGAAGGCUAUAAUGAAAAAAAAAACGUCGCAUAUGUCCUGAUGAGAUAUCACCAGUGAGAAGAUCUCCUAGACACCUCAUUUUAGGUCUGUUGGCCAGUUUCUCUUAGUCUUCUAUUGUCUCUACUUUGUACCGAUGGUUGGAGCAUGGGAUUAACUUGUAAUUCCAGUUUUUGGUAAUGCAUUUGACUUAUCUGUUAUAUUGUUUCUUGUACUAUUGCAAUUAGAAGGUCUACGUGUAUCAUGUGGUGUGAAACAUACCAGAAAUCAUCGACAAUUGCUCGCAGAAUCUUAUAUUGUACCCUUUGUAUAAUGGUUAUACUCGAUUUGCUGGCACAGCCCCAUAUUUCUAUGCCUUAAGUUCAGAUUGGAAUAAUGAACAAGGUAACAGGUUUGAAAAUGAUUUGAAGUAAAUUUCUUAACAAAAGAAAGAAAUUCAUUGAUACUAAUCAUAGUUACACAGAGAUUCUUCAUAUGGC